AUGCAGACAAGCACACCUCGCUCGCCGCGCUUUGACCUUCCUCCUGCACCUGUUUAUACCACUUCCAAUACAGCUGACAACGGCCUUGCGGAGUGGACGAGCAAGAUCAAGGCAAUGCAACGCCAGGUCAACGCGGAUGAUGAGGCAGAGCAACGUCGUCUCGAGGAAGAAAUCGUGCGGGCACGACUUGCGAGGAUGAGACGAAGUACAUCAGGCAUGAGCGGUGAUUUCGGCUUACAGGAAUCAUCAUCUAGUGUCACUCCUUCGCCAAAUGAUCUGCCUGCGGGCAACACUACCAGUGCACCUGCCUCAGAGAAGCCACCUCGAACUAUACCUUCACAUAAACCAGCAGUGUCAUCUAAUACCACGCCCAAGAGAGUCCAUAUGUCAUUGGCUGCAUUUAUGGGUGGGUCGACUGCUGCCGGCCCUCGAUUGAAACGCCACGAGCCACAACAGGAUGCCACUGUUGUGCAUGAUGGGCGCAAGGAUCAUGGUCCCGUACAUCCAAUAUUCGGAAGAAAUGGAAUCGCUAUGCCGGGGAUGGUCAAAGGAGAUGCACAACCUUCUGCAGCUGCCACAUUUCCACCUUCAGCUGGCACACCUGUUCGUGCAUUUCCCACUUCCACACCAGAUGUCGUGAGAUCCCGUACUACGAGUACUUCCUCGGUCGCCCGUCGAUAUGUGGAACAACUUGAAAGCCAGCCGCAGUCUCUGAACCCAGGACUUGCAAGGCCAGGCAUUCGGGAGCGCAGGAUAAGCACUCCCGCGGGCAACAUUUCAGCACAGCUGAGAGUAGAUACGCCACACUCGCCUUCAUACCGUUUGUCUCAGAACUAUGGUACCAGAGCUGCUGUGGUUCCACCAAGUUCCCUCGUUGACUCUCGGUCGAAAACCCCCAUCACUGCGGAGAUGCGCCCCAAGACACCUGUUACUGAAACUCGUGUGAAGACUCCCAAUCCUGAAUCUCCCAAUCGUGCAAAAACGCCUGAUGCAGAUUCUGGUCGCACGAAGAGCCCAAUCUAUACACGUUCAAAUUCCUCUCAGCCCUCUUGGACACCUAGACAACAGUCUACUCCAAUUCCAUCUGUCACUCCAACGUCCCCUGUGCGGCAGACUUACUCCCCACAGCCAUCACGCGGGGUCUCCCCUGCCUUUCUGUGUCCGCCUGCCAAUUCAUCUACCAAGGAUCCAACGCCAAGUAUCAGUCGGCUGCAGGGUCGCGGUUUUGUGCAGAGUGUUGUUCAAGCCAGUGGACGCCUCGAAUCAGCAGCAGGAGCCGCGAGGAGGGAGAGCACAUUUGGAUCCCCAAGUCAAGCUGCCAGCGAAACGCGAGAUAAGAGUGCUAGAAGAGCAAGUGUCUUAGACCGUUGGCAGCCUGCAAUGAAUAAUACUGGAACACCAUCACUGCCCCCACAGUCCCCAUUCCCGGUAAACCGCGGAAGGACACCAGAAGCCAGGCAGGCAGAAGUGAAAACGCACGACACGGAAUUUUCUUCAAAGAGCGCUGUAUCCAUUCCCACCCUUCCGAAAACGCCAUCUGGGAAGACCAGUGCUCUUCCUGAGAGCGCGAAUAAUAACUUAGGGUCCUCCACCACGAUGAUUGCAUACAUCAAGCCAACCAAGACUGGUGAUGAUCCAGUCGUUCGCAAUGUUGAUGAACUCGGGGUGAAAGCGGACGGGAGUGAGGCGAGGACGCGUGUAUCUUCGUCUCCUAACAAGCCACUGAGUCAUCCAACCAAGGAUAGAGCGAAGAAACCUCGCAAAACAGGUGGUUCUGCACAUGUUGCCUCUCCUGAAGGACAGCCUCUUGAUGUAAAAGCCACUUUACCACAACCGAUUGCGGUAGAAUCGAUCACCUCAACAAAAAACACUCAAUUGCUUCCAAUUGCUCCCACCCAGCCAAUGAUACGAUCUCGAUCGAAACCUCAGUCACAGCUUCCACUGACGAUCGCACCAUCCAACACCACUGGCCGUGUCACAGACCGCUGGACAGAACCGACAUUGAUUGGUGUAAAGCCUAUUGCAUCCUCAAAUUCUACUGCAGGCCAGCCUCCCCCGAGUCAGAAACCGCAGGGUACGGUGGGAAGACUGGCUCUGCCAGGCCUAGCGGCUGCACCAGAAACUGCAGAGAAAGUGAAGGAGAAACCUCCUCUUGGAAAGGAGCGCGCGGUCUCACCUUCGCUAGCGAAACAUGGCCGCACUCCUAACACAGGGAAUCGUGCCACCGUCAUGGACGUUGCGCAAGCUUUGAGUGGGGCCCAGCAGGGAAACGAUUGCGCGCUGAGUCCACUUGCUCCUAGCAUUCUGAGUUCUCAGGCUGAGAAGAGGAAGCCGAGUAUUGAGAAAUACUCCUCUUUUAUGAUGCCACCGCUGAAGGAAGUGAAGACCCCUGUGUCGUCUCCAGCAGGAACAUUGGCAAAAUCAUUUGGGGAGGCUUUACUGGAUUCCAAACUCGUCGGUGAAAGCUCCAAAAGUAUGUUCGAUGUCGUGCACAUCGGUGAGUUGAGCUACAUUGUUUUAGUAAUUACUGAUUCGAUUAUUCUGACAGAUCACACGAACGAGUCCCUGCCAAGUGUCGAUGUGGAUGCUCUGUUGAAAUCUGUUCCUCCAACGUUUAGCGCUGACCCGAAUAUUCACACCAUUUCUGUUGAGACUUUAUCCAUCAAUAACGGCACCGCGACUCCCGUCCUGCGCGAUAUUCAUAUUCUCUACGAUACGGAGGUGUUGGUGAUUGUACACCGCGGAAAGGCCCGUGACGGUGGGCUUGUUUCCAUGAAGGUUUGGUGCUGGCAUGGGAAACAAUGCCGAUUUGGCGAGAGAGAGCAGAAGAAGGCAGAUGAGCUUGCAAGACGGUAUGGAUCAGCUCUGGAAACAGUGUUCCAACGACACGAACCUCCAGAACUUGUUCAUGUUCUGGGAGGAAAGAUUGCCAUCCGGCAGGGCACUCGCACGCACUGGACUUCUGAAAAUACAGCAAUGCACGUGGUGCGCUCGAGCGGGGAACACAUAUAUAUCGACGAAUUGGAUUUGAGCAUCCGAAACCUGUGUUCAGGCUAUAGCUACUGUGUCUCUAUCCUUGACCAGAUUUAUGUUUGGCAUGGUUGUGGGUCAACUCCGAAGGAACGCAAUGCUGCCCGAGAUUACGCACAGGUCUCCGCCGCGAAAGGGACUUCUAUCAAGGAACUUCGAGAAGGUGACAAUGAUGUAGAUGACGAGAUGUUCUGGAUGGUCCUUGGUGACUCUGGGGAUUACGCCAAGGCAGACUAUUGGAGAUUUAGAAAUGCUUCUGCUCCCAGUGAUCCUCGAUGCUGGAUCGUGGAUGCUACAGUCGAAGGCGACCCGAUUCGUGCUGUUGCAUUGAUAUCGGCAGAGACUAUACUUCAGCAAUCAGUGUACAUUAUCGACUGCUCUUUGGAAUUCUUUGUCCUGGUUGGAAAACAUGCACGUUCCAAACGUUCCGAUAUCUCUCUAGCAAUUCAGACCGUCAUGGCUAUGGCGAAGAAGGUGGCAAUAUCUAAACCCUUCUAUCCGACCAUCCAUGUACUUGUAAUACCUACGCAACUUCCUCUGGACAUGCGGCAUGCCUUCCGCGAUCUUGAUGAGUCUCAAGUGAAUGGAGGCUUCGUCCCCGAUCACAUGAAUAUCCUUUCGACUACCGAGGCGAUUGAGCAUCUGCGCACUUCAUCUUGGGAGAAAGCAGCAUUGCGAGAUCAGAAUAUGCUUCCUUUGGGUCUUGACGCAGCUCCUGUACUGUCAUCUUGA